AUGGGUCACUUAAGUGGUGCCGGCACACAGCUGCUGCAGGAGUGGCGGGACCUGGGGGUGCUCAGCCUGGCCGUGUGUGACCAAGACGCCCAAGAGGUUCUGGCCGCCAUCAGCGCCGUCCACGUGUCAUUGCCUCGGCUACACAUCCUCUGCCUACACGUCCCCGUGGGUGCCGUGAGGACACAGGCGUGCACCACACGGCUGCCUGGCUGCCCAGGGGUGUUCCUCGUGUUGUCUGGCGUGGACGAGAGGCUGCUGGAGGAGGCGGCCCAGAUAGCACAGCUCCUGCAGCCCACACAGCGCCCGUGAGUGUGUGCCAACACUGCUCUCUCUCUCUCCUCUCCUCUCCCCUCUUCUCCCUUCUCCUCCCCUCUCCUCUUCUCUUCCUUCCCCUCCCCUCCCCUCUCCUCUCCAUGCCUCUUUUCCUUUCCCCUUCUCUCCUCUUCUCUCCCCUUCUUUCCCUCCUCUCCCCUCCUCCCUCCCCUCUCCUCUAUUCCUCUCCUCUCCUCUUCCCUCUUGUCACCUCCCCUUUUCUAUUUCCUUUUCCCUCCCCUCACCUCCCCACCCUUCCUCUCCUCUCCUCUUAUUUCUCCUCCCCUCCCCUCCCCCACACACCCCUUCUCUCCUUUCCUCUCCUCUCCUCUUCUCUUCCUCCUUCUCCCUUCUCUUCGUUUCUCUCUUCUCCUUUUUUCUCCUCCACUCCCUCCCCACCCCUCCUCUUUUUUCCACCUACUCUCCUCUUCUCUUCUUCCCUCUUCUCUU